GUAAACAUUAAAUACUUUAUUCGUAAACAUUGGAAAAUGGAAGAGAAUAAUUAAUAUAAGAAUAAAUAAUUUAAAUCAUGUUUUACCAGAAUAUUGCCGAAAUUUUAAAGUUGGUGUCUAAAGAUAAAUACAUUCGAAUAUCUGCCAGUGUCAUAAUCACACUAUGUUUAAUUACAAGCAUCUUUUACAGCUCCUUUUUAGGCCUUUUAAUAAUUUCUUCAUAUAUCUUGGGAUAUAUUGGAUCCUAUUUAUUAAUAGAAUAUCACCAUUAUGUUACUACAUAUAUUGAACGGUUUCUCAGUUUUUAUUCAAUAAGAUCUGCCACAAAGAACAAAUUGAGAGGAUCAUGUAGUGUCUGUGAUGACCUUAGCUGUAAAAGGCAUCAAAUUGGGCAGGGCUUGGCACCCUGGAAGCAUAUUAGGAUCAGUGAGGAGUUAAAUUCAGCUGUAGAACAUUUUUAUAAUAGAAUCCUAGACAAUUUUAUAUGUUCUUGGUACAGUGAGUUUACUGAAAAUAAAGAAUUUUUAAAUGAACUGAGGUAUUGCCUUAGACAUGGCACUGCUACCUUGGUGAACAGAAUUUUUGAAGUUGAAUAUAUUGAUACUAUCACCAACAAGCUGGUUCCGCAGGCAAUCAAACAUAUAGAUGACUAUCUUUAUAUGGAACAAAUAGCUACACUUAAAAAUGUGAAAUUUAAUGAUGUUAUUGUAGAAUAUCUCGGGAAGAAUUUACAUCCAGCUACAACAAAUAGAAGAAAUGAAUUGGCUUAUCUUCAACAUUUAAGCAGUGAAAUUAUAAAAAAUCUUUUGCCAAUGUACUAUACUAACUGCAAAAAUUCUUCUGUAUUGAUAAGAGAACUUCUUUCUGGUUGGGUCUUAUUACCUUUAAUGGAUGUACUAGCUGAUCCAAAUAUUAUAAACUCAUUAGUCAUAAUUGCUGUGAAUUACAAGUCAAACAAAUCUCAAAAAAAUGUGCAGCCAAUAAAGGAAGUUGAGUUUCUACAUGAUUUUGUUCAAGUUGAGCCUUUAAGGACUUCUCCAUUUGCUACCAGCCUGAGUAAAAUAAAGAAUGAUACAGAGUUAUUGUAUGCUUUUAUGCAGUUUUUAAAAAAGCAAGAGCAAGUGCAUUUGUUGCAGUUUUGUUUGGAUGUUGAUGACUUUAACACUAAAUUGUUAACCCCAGACCUUUCUAAAAAAGAACUUAAGGAGCUACACGAGCAGGCACUGAAGUUACAUAAAGAAUAUCUUAAUGAUGAUUCAUAUAACUUCAUUGGUUGUUCAGACACCAUUUGUAAAGAGUUCAGCGAACUAAUUGACGAUAUUUAUACCGUUGCCAAACUGAGAACAUCAAAACCUUUGUAUCAGGCCUAUGAUUUUGCUUUUAAUCAUUUGGAAAGUAUUUGGAUGCCCCAGUUCUUCCAUAGCAAUGAGUUUUAUAAUUACAUAUGUGGAACUAAAGUAACUUCAACAUAUAGCAAAGCUUCUAUUAAAAACCCUUUAUUAACUUGCUUUACGUCCCCUUCGAAGCUAAGAAGUAAAAAAUAUUACGAACAAUCUAACUAUCGAUCGGUGUCAAAACUCAGCAGUAGUUUCGGAAAAAUUAAAGGCGUUUUAAAGGCAUCGACUCCCGUUGAAGGCUCUCUAGAACCUGUAGAUGUAGAUUUUCCCGAGGAAAUUAUUUUGAAUGAAAAUCAUAGAGAUUUGAGUAAUUGGAAAAUAACUAUCCCCACGUACCAGACGAUUCCCGCAAAUAAAAUCACAUACUUCUGUCUAAACGUUCUGCAUCUGGAUACGAGCCUACCUGAAGGUAAAGUAAACAACUGGAUAGUAUGGCGAAAAGAUCAGGAUUUUUUUACUUUAAAGGCAAAAUUAGUGGAGUUUCACGGGGAAAAUGAAAUUUGUGACUCUCCAUUACCUUCAAGAAAAGCCGGAGUAAUGAUUGAGUCAAGAAUGUCAAAGUACGAAGAUUUUGUGACAAAACUAUUGCAAAAGCCCAGCUUGAGAGGGAGUGAUUUGCUUCAUACUUUUCUUACUAGUGAGGAAGAUUUUACCUUAGUUAUUUCUACGAUGGCUCCCAAUAACCAAGACGUAGGUAACAUUUAUCAGUCUGUAGCUUACAAGCUGAGAAAAGAAAAGGGACAAAACUUGGACAGUUUUAUAAGUACAUUUGUAACUUCAGUUAUGAAACAGAAAAAUGAUAAAAUUGACUUAGCAGAAGAGGGAUUGGAAUUAGCUGUACCGGUUGAUUGUACCCCACCAAUACCGAAAACAUUUAAGAGUGCCGUUUUUAAGGAUAACCUCGGAAUAUCUUAUAAAUUGCAGUCUGGAAGUUCGAAUGGGACGUUUAGCCCCAGUAUGUUUUCAGAGAGUUUAUUUUAUUUAUUAAAGAAUGUGUUUAAAAUUCGCCCAGUAAUACUACGCAUCUACGUGGCCUUUUGCAAUGUAGCACAACAAAUAAUUGACCUACUGAGCAAACUGUUUAUUGACAAGAAAAUUAAAGCCGGAUUGACCCAACACAAUUUGGCAUAUCUUCUUGGCUUGCUAGAAGGUGUAAUUUUUAAUAAUAAUUCACAAUCCACCCCCCAAGGAUUAGCCGAAAGAAAAGCGAACGCCUUUAAAGACAUUCAGUUUUGUCCUAAUUUUGUCAAUAACAUUUUGGGAGGGCAAGUGAAUAAAGGUUUGGUGAAUCUUCUAGAGAUUUUACAGAAUCCUAAUUAUAAUAAACAACUUGCUUAUAACCUUCUUGAUAUUAUCGUAUUAGAACUUUUUCCAGAACUAAUCGAAUCGAAAUAGGUUAUAAAGUAUAAGUAUUACACUUCAUUUACUUAUUAAAUCAUGUGAUAUAUGUAUAAUUAAUAACUAUCUAUAAGUAGUGUUUUAAGUUAAAUUAUUUUGCUGAUUAGUUACUUAUUAUUAUAUGAUAAUUAUUAUAUUAUUAUUAUUAUAUGAAUAAUUGAUGUAAUUAGGCAGGUAGGUAUUUUGGAAUAAUAUAUUUUUGUUUUUGAA